AUGUCUUCCGAGCAGACCUUCAUUGCCAUCAAGCCCGACGGUGUCCAGCGCGGACUCGUUGGCCCCAUCAUCUCUCGCUUCGAGAACCGUGGCUUCAAGCUCGUUGCUCUGAAGCUCUGCUCUCCCGGCCGUGAGCACCUCGAGAAGCACUACGCUGACCUCAAGGAGAAGCCCUUCUUCCCCGGUCUCGUCUCCUACAUGCUCUCUGGCCCCAUCUGCGCCAUGGUCUGGGAGGGCCGUGACGCCGUCAAGACCGGCCGCACCAUCCUCGGUGCCACCAACCCCCUUGCCUCCGCCCCCGGCACCAUCCGUGGUGACUACGCCAUCGACGUCGGCCGCAACGUCUGCCACGGUUCCGACUCCGUCGAGAACGCCCAGAAGGAGAUCUCCCUCUGGUUCUCCCCCAGCGAGCUCCAGCAGUGGAAGCACUCCCAGUUCGACUGGAUCUACGAGAAGGCCUAA